CUUUAUGUUUUGACGUCAUUGUCCUAAUUCGUUCAAUUUCAUUCACUCAUUGGGGAAACCCUAAUCAUAUUUUAUUAUCGUUUUGUACUUUUCGACUAAAUACGCUUCAAAUUCAAAGUUCAGUGUGACUAACAGUCGUUGUUUAAUACGGAGAAAACAUUACGUUCUGUUAUUGAUUAACUGUUUCUUGGGUUGUGAUUUGAUUGCCGUCUAAUAGUAGUGUUUAUAGUUCGUGACAAUGGCUAGUAAUACUCCGUCCGCUCCAAGCGACCUUCCACCCGCGUAUUCGGAGGUCGUCGGUAAUCCGCAGUACGGAUUCGUGGCUCCAGAGGGUUCGCUCGCAGAUCCUCACGCUGCGUACCAGCCGCCGAAGUCGUUUACUCCGGCGGGGGUGUACCCGCACCCGCCCAGUGGGGCCACGACGGCACAGCCCCAGCCGGGCGUGCCGCCGCCGCCACCGGGCGCCGUUCCCGUGGGGAUCGUACUGCCGCAGGCGGUAGGCAGUGAGCCAACAACCAUCACCUGCUUCAACUGUGGCAAAGUAGUCACCACCAGAGUUACAUACACAACAGCCUGGCAUACCCAUUUAGUAGCUGGAUCAGUGUGUGUUAUCACAAUGGUGUGCUCUCUGUGCUGCCUCGGACUGGUGCCAUACUGCUUCGACACAUUCAAAGACGCGGAACAUUAUUGCCCCAACUGCAACACAUUUGUCGGAAAGAGCAACAAAUGCUAAACAUUCUUAUGAAAUUUUACCCUCUUACAAGUUGACAAUAGCAAUGACUUAGUAAUUAAUUAUCUAUCUUAUUGAGACCUUCAUUAAGCCCUUGAUUAAGAUAAUUACAUCUCCAAGUUAGUUUUUAAUUAUUAUACUAUUACCACAUCCUUCAUAGUGCUGCUUGAGUUAUAUCAUGGCCUAUCAAUUUUAUAAUUAUACUUUUGCCUUAUAAUCUUUUUACAUUUAGCGCAUAUACAAAUGUUGUAAAUUAUGUACUAUUUUUAUAAUGAAAUCAAGCACUAUCUUAUUAUAUUUUUCAUCACACUUGCUUGAAAAAGAUCUUAUUUUAUGCGGAUAUCCUAAAAGACAAAGGCCUAUAUUGUUCCCGGGGGAGUUAUGGACUGUGAAAAAAAAUAUUUUUUAUUUUUCCGCUAAUUCAUACGAACAAUGUAGGUUUACUUUAAGAAUACUGACAUUUCUAAUUUAAUAUUUUUGUUUAUGUUUAAAAAGAAUUGAUUUCAUAAAUUUAAUUUAAUGCCAUUUAAAAUAUUUUUACACAAUUUUCAAUCGUGGCUGAAUGCCAGAUAGGCCUGUGCCUUCGAUACCUAACCUGCCAAACAAUGGCAAUAUGUUUGAAAUGUCACGGUAUUUAAGAAUUAUUUUGCUUAAAAUUUAGUUUUUUCUUCACAAGUGUGAUGAAAAACAUUGUGUGUAACUCCGGGGGUAAGAAUAUUGCAAACUCGGGUCUUUAAUUCCCUCCAGCCGGCGACUGUCGGGAAUUAUCACUCUCGUGUCCAAUAUUUCACUUACCCCCCCAUGUUGCACAAUGUACUAAUUCAGUCUAAGCCUCAUGAAAAUUGUAAGACAUGAAUUAGCUGAAAGAAUAAUUUACAUAGUGGAUGUAAUAAGCUUUUAUAUUUGAUAGAUAUUAAUAGAUUUACCUAAUUGUAGUUGUCAACCAUACCAUCCGUAAUUUUGUACUGCCAGCCGGCUUAAAGCAGGAGCACUGCUACAGUAUCUCGCUCACAAAAUAGGCUGGCUACCCGUCCCUAUCAGCUAGAAAAAGACCGGUAGUCUAUCUCGCGCGCGAGAUAAUGUUGCGGCACUCACUCCUGUCCUGUGCUAAGCCCACAGAAGGCAAAAGAAAUCGUGGCAAUAUUUUGGACAAAUGUGUAUGUGUCAUAUUCACUGAAGACACAAUGAAAUUCAAUGAAAAUAAUUAUGAUCCUCGUCGACGAUUGCUAGCAGCGAUGAACGAUUUUGAUGUAGUGUAAACUAAACAGUCUGUAAAUAAAAAAGCGUUUUGUUCACGCGUCGGAAAUAGUCAAUUGCCAGUCGCUUUCUCGUCGCUGGCGCGGCUACCAGAAUAGUAAAGUGGUUAAUAUCCACAUACCUACGCGUAACUUUCUCCAUCUGACCUCGGCUACGCACUUGGCCGUUUUACCUGCAUGGGCAUAUAUGGUCAUUUUCUUUUACGGUAUUAAACAGUAUACAACAAGAAAGUUUUCGACAAAUAAGGCUAAGUGCGUGCCCAAGGGUAUGAUGUUAUGAUAGGGCCGGACAUGCUUGCAUGCAUGUUUUGCGGUUCAAAGUCCGAUUAAGAUAUAGACAAUCACAUUAUGUAUAAAGCGACCGUAGAACCUAAUAAUAUAAUUUUAAUGUUUUAGAUGUUUCCGUUCUUUUGUGAUGCUGAUCAUCACUUUUCUAUUACAACAUACCAACAUACAUGUAUAAUGUCAACAUGCCUAGGUAAUAGGUAUAGAAUAUAUAUCCUUGUAAAUUUAACGAGUUCCCAAAAAACUUUGGCUGAAAAUAAGGGGGUGAAAAUCCGGCUUAUAAAUAAGUUAAAAGAAGUAACUUUAAUUUUUCGACUGAGUAGCUUUUUUACCAUGUAGUAUUACCAAAUAAGAAACGUUAAUAUGGUUACUGUAUAUAUGUUAAUAGGUAUGUUGCUGUUGUGUUUACCUACUUUUAUAUAUAUAUAUAUGCUAGUAUUCUUUUCAAGCCAGGUUUACAUGGUAAAAACCCUGAUAUCUUACCUCUAUAUUGAUGUAUCAAAGGGAACUUACUUUUUGUAACAUUCCAAUACUAACCUGGCAAUUAUUUGUCAAAAUAGUUAUUUUUGUAGAAUGUAAUUUUUGACCCAUGUUAAAUCCACUUCACUACGGAGUACAGACUACAAUUUAAAAGACGUUGUUUUAUUUGGCUUUAUUUUUAUAUGUAUAUUAGGUAUGAGGUGCCAACUUGUAAACGUUUUCAUGAUUCAAAAAUAAGUUCAUGUAAAUUUUUUGGUGAUUUAUUGUUAUUAGUAUUAGGUAUAUUCAACCAAUUUAGAUUUUGGCCACAAGAUUGUCACGACUAAUACAAAUAGAAUGAUUUUUAUGUGUAUAUCCAUACUCUGAGAGGUGAAUCUCUGUAUACACCGUGUUUUUAUUGAAUUGCGUUAACUCCGGGGUUUCGGUAAGUACGUUUAAGGAAACUAAAUGGCAUAGUUAAUUUUCAAAAAAAAAUAUUUUUUUUUGUUUUUUUUUACUAUUUUUAUUUUUAUAAAAAGUAACUAAAUGUUGCAUAUAGCGUUGUUGUAACACGGGCAUUACAUUUAACUCAACCAAACAAUUGAAAACUGUGACAUAUCAAUGUCAUUUCUAACAUCGAUCGUCCGAGAUAGUACGUACGUUUAGUAGCAAAUGUAUGAACUCGCACUAAACACUAACUAAUAAGUAAACAGGUCCUAAAGCAAGUGUACACGCUCGUAAGGGCCUUAUAAUAUAAAAAAUUAUGAUUGAUUAUCUCCGAAAUGGAGUUAGUUAGAAUAUCGGUAUCUUUGAGAAAGUUACUUAAUUUAAGCUCAGGAAUGCACCCUCGAAAUUAACGCAAAUCAAAAAAAACACGGUGUAUAGGUCAUACUGAACCAUAGAGAAAUAGUAAACAUAGAGUGCUCACUCCAUACAUCUAUUUUCUUACCAAAACACGGGUUAUUUCGUAGUCGACAUCAUGCGUCAAGUAAUGGAUUUAUCAGUAAUGCUACUUGACAAAAGAUGUCGCGAUGAACGAAAAUUCUAAUGCUCUACAAUUUUCAGCUAAUAUUACCGGAACUCAAUUUCAACUCCUUCUGCUUGUAAUAUUAGUUGUAAAUUGUUGAGCUAUACACUUUUUGUCAGUCGCGACACUCUUGACUCUAGAUGUCGACUAUGAAAUAACCCGCGUUUUGGUAAGAAAACUGAUGUAUGGAUUGAGCACUCUAUGCUUACUUAUUUCUCUAUGACUGAACUACUCUUAGUCAGUGGCGGGGCAAGACCGAUAUGUGGGCUUGGUACAUUUAGCGAGGCCCUCUGGUGGCGCAAGAAAUAACGAUCACUUUUACGAUGUGUCCGAGUUAUUUGAGGCGCCCACGCCUAACGCCGCCUCUGCUCUUAGUACUCUUUCUGUAGAGUAGUAAGUACAGUAGUAAUACCCGGCGAAAAAUUUUCAUAUCGGUCUUUAGAAAGAGAAUAUGGGAGACUUGAAACCCAGAAUUUGAAAAAAAACUGCUGUUCCGUAGGGAUUGUUGUUAAAUAUGACCUACAUAUUCACAUUUCGGAGACAGGUAUAACAAAUCACACUGUAUUAAGCUGAGUGAUCUCAUACUACGCUAUGUGUUCAGGUACAUAGUGGCACAAUUAAAAUUGGUUCAUAUUAGUUACAUAUCUAUUUUAGUAUAAGGUACCUAAUUUGUUUCUUUAUAAAAUAAUAUUAUUCCCUGAUUUACCUUUUGAGUGCCAUCAACAAUAGAAUUUUCCAGUACAUAAUUUAAAAACUACAAUGCCUACCUAAAUAAAUUUACACAUACUAAUUAACAUCUACUUCCUAGUGAGACGUCUGGGUUAUAAUAUAACCGGGAACCAUUUCGUUCAUUGGCUCGAAUAUGCAAGAGCGAUAGAGGCAAAUGCCUCCAGGUCUAUUGCAUAUUAGAGUGGCGUUAAAGGUAUUCCAUGUUAAAUCUUUACACACAUAAAUAUGCAUGUGAAAAUUAUAUUAAUAAAAGCUUAGAUAAAUAAGA